AUUUCUAGACUGCAGGCAGCAGCAGUGUUGUUAGCGUGCCAGAGGACUUGCCUGGUUGGGGUUACUUUGUACCAGCUUACUGUUCGUGUUGAAAAUUUAAAAGUUCCUCUGUACGUUUACUAUAAGUUGGAUGAUGGUUUCUGUAUUUUGGAUCUGCGAGUCUGUUAUGGAGUCCGAGGACAACGUUGCUGGACAAUGGUGUCUUGGUGGACUGCUCAAGUGAUCGCCACCACCUGAGAGGGUGAAGUCCAGCUGCUGCCCCCUUCACCUGUGAGGGGACCUUGCCGGCCCCCCCUACCUUCCCUCCCUUUACAUGUGUGUCUUUGUAUGUGCAUGGUUGUGAGUGUGUGCGUGCGUGUUUGUUUCUGUGUGCACGCGAAAGCUUGUGUUUUUCCACGUGACUGCACGGGACCUCUCAAGUGCCUUUGCCUUAUGGAGCACUGACCCCCGCCACACCACACCGCCCCGUGGAUACGGUCAAUCUUGCGUCGGAACGGAACGGAACGGAACGCGAGGAGAGGAGAGGAGAGGAGAGGAGUAGACUUGCUGGAGUGACACUUGAGAGAGAGGCACAGACACAUUUAUAAGAGACAUGUCGUCCAAUCGUGCACAGAACCCUCAUGGUCUAAAGCAGAUCGGCCUGGACCAGAUAUGGGACGACCUGCGGUCUGGCAUUCGGCAGGUCUACACCAGACAGAGCAUGGCCAAGUCGCGAUACAUGGAGCUCUACACACAUGUGUAUGAUUACUGUACCAGCGUGCACCAGUCCAAUCAGAACCGCGCGGGCGGCACGGCCCAGUCCAAGCCCUCCAAGAAGGCCCCCGCUCCCGGGGGAGCGCAGUUUGUGGGCCUCGAACUUUACAAGCGGCUCAAGGAGUUCCUGAAGAACUACCUGACAAAUCUGCUGAAGGAUGGCGAGGACCUAAUGGACGAGAGUGUCCUGACGUUCUACACGCAGCAGUGGGAGGACUACCGGUUCUCCAGUAAAGUCCUCAACGGUAUCUGUGCCUACCUCAACCGCCACUGGGUCCGGCGUGAGUGCGACGAGGGGCGGAAAGGCAUCUACGAAAUCUACUCGCUUGCCUUGGUCACAUGGAGAGACUGCCUCUUCAGACCUUUAAACAAACAGGUGACAAAUGCAGUGCUCAAACUGAUCGAAAAGGAGAGAAAUGGUGAACCAAUCAAUACUAGACUCAUCAGUGGAGUUGUCCAGUCCUAUGUGGAGCUGGGUCUGGAUGAGGACGACACCUUUGCCAAAGGCCCCACUCUCUCCGUCUACAAGGAGCACUUUGAGAGUCAAUUCCUGGCAGACACAGAGCGCUUCUACACCAGAGAAAGCACAGAGUUCCUGCAGCAAAACCCUGUUACAGAAUACAUGAAGAAGGCGGAAACCCGUCUGCUGGAAGAGAAGAGGAGGGUGCAGGUCUACCUUCACGAGAGUACGCAAGACGAGCUGGCCAGGAAGUGUGAGCAGGUUCUCAUCGAGAAGCACCUGGAGAUCUUCCACACAGAGUUCCAGAACCUUCUGGAUGCCGAUAAGAAUGAAGAUCUGGGCAGGAUGUACAACCUGGUGUCCCGCAUCACAGACGGUUUGGGGGAGCUGAAGAAGCUGCUGGAGACGCACAUCUACAACCAGGGACUCGCCGCCAUCGAGAAGUGCGGGGAGGCUGCUCUUAAUGACCCCAAAAUGUAUGUACAGACCAUCUUGGAUGUCCACAAGAAGUACAACGCUUUAGUGAUGUCUGCCUUUAACAACGAUGCUGGAUUUGUCGCAGCCCUCGACAAGGCGUGUGGGCGCUUCAUCAACAACAAUGCGGUGACUAAGAUGGUGUCUUCAUCCAGCAAGUCCCCAGAGCUGCUGGCCAGAUACUGUGACUCGCUGCUCAAGAAGAGCUCCAAGAACCCAGAGGAGGCUGAGCUAGAGGACACACUCAACCAAGUGAUGGUGGUGUUCAAGUACAUCGAGGACAAAGACGUGUUCCAGAAGUUCUAUGCCAAGAUGCUGGCCAAGCGGCUGGUCCACCAGAACAGUGCCAGCGACGACGCUGAGGCCAGCAUGAUCUCCAAACUCAAGCAAGCGUGCGGUUUCGAGUACACGUCUAAACUGCAGCGCAUGUUCCAGGACAUCGGCGUCAGCAAAGACCUGAACGAGCAAUUCAAAAAACAUCUCAGCAACUCGGAGCCUCUGGACUGUGUCCUGGGCGUGAAUGGGCUCGUGGACUUCAGUAUCCAGGUGCUCAGCUCCGGCUCCUGGCCCUUCCAGCAGUCCUGUACCUUUGCUUUGCCAUCUGAGCUGGAGAGGAGCUACCAGCGCUUCACCGCCUUCUACGCCAGCAGACACAGCGGCCGCAAGCUCACCUGGCUAUACCACCUGUCCAAAGGGGAGCUCGUCACCAACUGCUUCAAGAACAGAUACACCCUGCAGGCCUCCACCUUUCAGAUGGCCAUCCUGCUGUUGUACAACACGGAGGACAUCUACUCAGUCCAGCAGCUCACCGACAGCACGCAGAUCAAAAUCGACAUACUGACACAAGUUCUACAAAUCCUGUUAAAAUCCAAACUGCUGGUCCUUGAAGAUGAGGCUGCCAAUGUGGACGAAACUGAAUUCAAGCCUGACACCUUGAUAAAACUGUACCUGGGAUACAAAAAUAAGAAACUGCGAGUCAACAUCAACGUGCCCAUGAAGACGGAACAGAAACAGGAGCAGGAGACGACCCACAAGAACAUCGAGGAGGACAGGAAACUGCUGAUACAGGCGGCCAUUGUGCGGAUCAUGAAGAUGCGUAAGGUCCUCAAGCACCAGCAGCUCCUAGCGGAGGUCCUCAACCAGCUCUCCUCCAGAUUCAAACCCAGAGUGCCCGUCAUCAAGAAAUGCAUCGACAUCCUCAUCGAGAAGGAGUAUCUGGAGAGGGUGGAUGGAGAAAAGGAUACCUACAGCUACUUGGCCUAAACAUUGUCCUUUUUCCUCACCUUUUUAUUUUGUUCUGGGUUUUCGUUUUAUUUUUAUUUUUUUCAAAGAAGUUCUCUUGCAUCAAACAUUGUUCCUUUUGACAUCUGACCACAUGUUAUUGGGAAUGUUGGAAACCUGGAAGGACUAAACUGAGCGAAGACAGAAGAACUGGAAAAAAGGAAUAAUAAUAUGAUGUGAUGAGGAAUAACAAAGAUGUGGUCUUUUGAAGAGACUCCCCCCAAGGAACUGGACUUCACAGCUCUUAAGACUGAAGUAGAGCCGAUAGCCAAUGGGAAAUGACUUGGGACUUACUGCUAGCCAAUGGCAAAUGACUUGGGACUUACUGCUAGCCAAUGGGAGAUCACAUGGGAGAGAUGGCUCCGUUCUGAUUUGUAAAUACUGGACAGAUCCCCUGAACCCUGCCCCCGCCCCUCACCUUAAGUUUAAAAGAACCGAAGAAGUAAUAAUAAAUAAAUAAAAAUACAGAAGAAUUUUAAACAAUCAAAACACCUUUCACAUUUGAGGAUUGCAUGCUACUGCCUAUCUACAUUUAAGCAAGCGAAACAUUUUCAAGAAGAAAAGAUCCAAAAAUAAGAAAGGAAAGGUGUUGAGGGUUGAGGGUUUUGCACCUCAUUGUUGCUGAGCUCAAGCAGCGAUGGUUUACAGGAGUGUGUUUGUAACGGGAGGGAGCUGAAUAAUGAGAAGUUAUAUAUGGGUGCAAUUUUAGCUGCACUUCCGAAAGCGAUAGCAUUGUCUGGCCAGGUCCUUAGAAAUGUAUCCUGCAUUGUUAUCUGCUAUGGCAAGAUCAUUUGUAUAGUGUGUUUCACUUUUUCUAAAUGUGUGGUAAAUAAAGUUAAGUUUCUGUA